UGGCCACCCCGUGGCCCCGCCGCCCCAAUGGAUCCACUGAACCUGUCCUGGUACGAUGACGUUCGGGGGAGCUGGAACUGGAGCCGGCCCUUCAACGGGUCCGAGGGGAAGGCCGACAGGCCCCAGUACAACUACUACGCCAUGCUGCUCACCCUCCUCAUCUUCGUCAUCGUCUUCGGCAACGUGCUGGUGUGCAUGGCCGUGUCCCGCGAGAAGGCACUGCAGACCACCACCAACUACCUGAUCGUCAGCCUGGCCGUGGCCGACCUCCUGGUGGCCACGCUCGUCAUGCCCUGGGUGGUCUACCUGGAGGUGGUGGGUGAGUGGAAAUUCAGCAGGAUUCACUGUGACAUCUUUGUCACUCUGGAUGUCAUGAUGUGCACAGCAAGCAUCCUGAACCUGUGUGCCAUUAGCAUCGACAGGUACACAGCUGUGGCCAUGCCCAUGCUCUACAACACACGCUAUAGCUCCAAGCGCAGAGUCACUGUCAUGAUCACCAUCGUCUGGGUCCUGUCCUUCACCAUCUCCUGCCCACUGCUCUUUGGACUCAACAACACAGACCAGAACGAGUGCAUCAUCGCCAACCCCGCCUUCGUGGUCUACUCCUCCAUCGUCUCCUUCUACGUGCCCUUCAUCGUCACCCUGCUGGUCUACAUCAAAAUCUACAUCGUCCUCCGCAGGCGGCGGAAGCGGGUCAACACCAAGCGCAGCAGCCGGGCAUUCAGGGCCAACCUGAAGGCCCCGCUCAAGGGCAACUGCACUCACCCUGAGGACAUGAGACUCUGCACCGUUAUCAUGAAGUCUAAUGGCAGUUUCCCAGUGAACAGGCGGAGAGUGGAGGCUGCCCGCCGAGCCCAGGAACUGGAGAUGGAGAUGCUUUCCAGCACCAGCCCACCCGAGAGGACCCGGUACAGCCCCAUCCCGCCCAGCCACCACCAGCUGACCCUUCCUGACCCAUCCCACCAUGGCCUCCACAGCACUCCUGACAGCCCCGCCAAACCAGAGAAGAACGGGCAUGCCAAAGACCACCCCAAGAUUGCCAGGAUCUUUGAGAUCCAGUCCAUGCCCAAUGGCAAAACCCGGACCUCCCUCAAGACCAUGAGCCGCAGGAAGCUCUCCCAGCAGAAGGAGAAGAAAGCCACUCAGAUGCUCGCCAUUGUUCUCGGCGUCUUCAUCAUCUGCUGGCUGCCCUUCUUCAUCACCCACAUCCUGAACAUACACUGUGACUGCAGCAUCCCGCCCGUCCUGUACAGCGCCUUCACGUGGCUGGGCUACGUCAACAGCGCCGUGAACCCCAUCAUCUACACGACCUUCAACAUCGAGUUCCGCAAGGCCUUCCUGAAGAUCCUACACUGCUGACCCUGCUUCCCACCUCCCUGCCCAGAGGCCUCGCCUCGGUCCCUGGGAGCCGUGGGCAGGGCGGCCCAGGACAGCCUCGGCCUCCUCUUCGCCUUCAGGCCCUGCAGUGUUAGCUUGGCUCCACGCCCCUCACUGCCCGCACACCCUCGCUCCGCCAGGGCAGUGCUAGAGAGCCAGGUACAGUGCUAGCCCUCGGGCCGGACCCCUGGCUCAGGGGCAGCUCACAGAGCCCCUGUUCACUUGCAGGCUCUCUCUGCUUGGCACCAAAGACCCAGCCGCCUUCUCUGAACUUCCUCCGGGGCUCUGGGGUUGCCAGGCCGGUGUCAGGGCUCAGAGGCCGUGCCUGCGACAGGGAAGGAGAUGGACAAUUCACACCCCUCCGAGGCCCGCACCAGGGACGCCAGAGCUCUUGCCAAGGCCCCAGGCUACUUCAGUCCUGGGAAACCCAUGUAAAUACCGGGUCUGGAUGGACCCCAGAGGAGCCCAAGCCAAAAAUCUUCACCCCUCUCCUGCCCGACAGAAGCCCCUCCUUCCAUCCACAGCAGCAGGUCCUGACCCUACUCCAGCUCCCCACGAGGUCUGCACAUCCCUGCGAGGGCGGCCCCGAGGGUCUGUGGGGAGAGGACCCCCACCCCAAGCCCACUCUGCUGCCCCCUGCUGGACGCAGGUACAUCCCUCCUGGGGGCAGAUGGGCCAGCCGGGGUGGCAGCGAAGGCCGCCUCCAGAUUUGCCGGGGGCCUGUGUUGGGGGUCCCUGAGGUCCGUCGGGGGGCUGCCCCUGCCUCACUCUGCCACAAGCCACCUUCCUCUUCUCUUCCUUUUGCCCCUUCACUCUCCCGUUCCCUUUCCCUCCCACCGCCUCCGCCUUAGAGGAGCCCAUCGGCUAAGCGGCUGCCGAGUACUGUCGGGUCGGGCUUGGCCCUGCCCUGCCUGAGGGCGGAGGGGAAGCUGCAGCUUGGGGGAGUCCCCGGGCCCCAAACUCUGUAACAUCACUACACAUGCUCCAGACUAAUAAAACUUUGACAAGAGUCACAUCCAGGGCCCCUCAGGCAGAGGGGACAGUGUCACCUCCAACCUCCACCUCAAGUGUGGCC